CGCACAAACAAAAACAAAACACAAUAAAGGAAAGCCGUCUGUUCCUGGAAUUUCUUCUGGAGCGGCUGCUGCACCUACACUAGCUCUCUUGUAAGCUCCAAACACGCUAGUAGAACGAGGAGAAAGCUAAAGUGUCUAUCGAUUCGAUUCUGUUGUUGUUGUUUUUUCAAUUCAGAAAACUCAAAUCCAAUUGAAAGCAGAUGGACAAAGGAAAAGCAGUGUUGGGUUCGGGCCGUAGAUGGGCUGUCGAUUUCACUGACAAUUCAACUGCUCCUUCUUCUCGGGAUAUUCCUGAUCCUCCUGGCUUCUCUCGCGCCACUCAAGAUCAGGACGAUUCAACGGGAACCAAGCAGAAGAAGGAUGCUGAAGUUAAUUGGAAAGCUCAGAAAGCUUGGGAAGUGGCACAAGCGCCUUUCAAGAAUUUGAUGAUGAUGGGAUUCAUGAUGUGGAUGGCUGGGAAUACGGUGCAUUUGUUUAGCAUUGGUAUCACCUUCUCAGCUCUCUGGCAGCCCAUAAGCGCCCUUCAAGGGGUUGGGAAGGUUUUUGAGCCAUAUAAAGACAGUAGAGUAGAGCUUCUUGGGCCUAAGUUGCUCUUUAUUGCACUUAAUUUGGGGGGUUUAGCACUGGGCGUUUGGAAGCUUAACACGUUGGGGCUUCUUCCAACACAUGCAUCAGACUGGGUCUCAUCCUUGCCUCCAGCUCAGGAGGUUGAAUAUUCAGGUGGUGGCAUUCCCCUGCAUUAAUGUAGUUCCUUUUGCAGUUGGCCAUCAAUCUAAUGAAUGGUUGAGGUGAAAAAACUUCGGUUGAGGACUUGCUAUUGUUGGCUGAUUACCAGUUAUGUGUGGAUGUGGCCACCAUGGAUGAUUUACUCCCCCCGAUUGUUUAUGUAGGAUGACAUCAGCGGCAGGCUCCAAUUUGUUUCAUAGAUAGUAGACUAUUAAUGA